AUGGUGGUGAUCAUAUGGAGUGUCUUCAGUGAGUCUUCCAGUCAUAACCUGCCUCUCGGGUUUAGAUACGCUUCUUAUAAGGUGACUAUCCCAAAGAAACUGACUCCCAGACAUGGACAACAAGACUCCAAGGAUGUCAACUACCUGUUGCAAAUUGAAGGGAAGAGUCAUGUAAUGCAUCUCAGGCAGAAGAGGAACUUUGUCCCUAAACACUUUCCUGUCUUGACAUAUAGUAAGAAGGGGAAACUCCAAGUGGACUACCCAUUUAUCAGGAAUGACUGUUUCUACAAUGGUUUCAUACAGGGUGAUCCUCAUUCUUUGGUGACUCUCAGCACUUGCUUAGGAGGACUCAGAGGUCUGUUGCAUUUACAAAAUGAGACCUAUGAAAUCGAACCUGUCCAGGCAUCUCUUGCCUUUCAGCAUGUAGUGUAUCGGCUGGAAAAGAAAGAAGGUGACAGUCAUAUGAUGUGUGGGCUCACAGAAGAAGAGCAACGUCAUCAAGAGGCCAUGGCUCCAAAUAAAGAGGUCUUAGCAAUCAGAGGUUCUGUAGGAGAACACUGGUGGGCUCACACCAGAUAUGCAGAUAUCGCAAUUGUGGUAGAACAUCAACGUUAUAUAAAGUUUGACAGAAAUCAAACUUUAACAAGUUUACAAAUUCUAGAGAUUGUCCAUACAGCAAAUACAUUUUAUAAACCACUCGGUAUUGUUAUAUCAGUAAUUGGACUGGAGAUCUGGUCAGAAAAGAACCUUAUAGUGAUUCCCAAUGAACUGAGUUCAUUGCUAGAUAAUUUUAACAUAUGGAGAAGAAAGACACUAAAUAAACAUCUACCAAAUGAUGCUGCUCAUUUAAUUGUAUAUAAAUUUUAUGGACAGACAGCUGGUUUGGCAUUUACAGGAACUAUCUGUAAUUCCCAAUGGGCAUCUGCUGUCGAAGUAUACAUUGACUACAGUGUGUCCUUUUUUUCUGUUCUGUUUGCACAUGAAUUAGGACAUAAUCUUGGCAUGAACCAUGAUGGAGAACACUGUACAUGCGAGCAAAAAUCCUGCAUUAUGGCUGCAUUUCCAGAGGAUGUUGGCCAGUUUAGCAACUGUAGUUAUAUUGAUUAUUUCAAACAUAGGAAUGCUCAUUGCUUAUUAAUUCCUACAGAUCCUGGUAACAAAUUCAGAUUCAAAUACUGUGGCAACAAAAUAGUGGAAAAAGGAGAGCAAUGUGACUGUGGCUCAGAAGUCCAAUGUCAGUUGGAUCCAUGUUGCCAGUCUAAUUGUAAAUUUCAUUCUGGUGUUGUUUGUAGUAUUGGACAGUGCUGUGCCAACUGUCAGUAUCGUCCAGCUGGUACUGUCUGCAGAGAAAGGGUUAAUGCCUGCGAUCUUCCUGAGUAUUGCAAUGGGACUUCAGAGUGGUGUCCUGAAGAUGUCUACAUACAAGAUGGUGCUUCAUGCAAUGAUGAUGCACACUGUUAUCAUGGGAACUGUGCUAGUCACAAUGAACAAUGCAAAAUGCUCUUUGGCAAGAAAGCCACAGUUGCUUCAGAGGACUGUUUCAGAAUAAUUAAUGUACAGGGUGAUCGCUUUGGCAACUGUGGUGUUAAGCACGGAACUUACAAGAAAUGUAAGACUAACCACUUUCUGUGUGGUCGAAUUCAGUGUGACAAUGUGCAGAAAUUACCUACUCUGGAAGAAGACAGCACUAUAAUUCAAACAUGCAUUGGCAGCAGUCAGUGUUGGGGUACAGACUACCACCGUGAAAUGGGAAGAGUUGAUAUGGGAAGAGUGAGAGAUGGCACUGGUUGUGGCACUAACAUGCUGUGUAUUGACAGACAAUGCAAAAACAUAUCCACCUUGAACUAUGACUGUGAUAUAAGAAAAUGCCACAAUCGGGGAAUAUGCAACAACCGCAAACAUUGUCACUGUGAUUAUGGCUGGAGUCCUCCAUACUGUAUAGGUAAGGGCUUUGGUGGCAGCAUUGACAGUGGACCCACUUCACAAGAUAGGAGUGUUGUCAUUGCAGGGACUAUUAUAGGAACACUUAUUGUCCUCACAGCAACUGUUUUAUUGGGUGUGUAUUUCAGGACUAUGUUGAGAUAUCAGUUCAGAAGAUUGAAUUCAAUUGUCAGUUCAGCAGACUCAGCACUGGAAGGAAACACCGGUAGAUUACAGAACUGAAAAAUACACAAUGUUUUCAAAAGGAAUACUGUACAAGAUGAAAUAGCAGUUACUAAUAGAUGAAAACAUCUACUGUAUGUGCAAGAUUUCCAUUCUUUUUAAAUACUGUUUUCGAUUGGAUUUGUCUCAUAGUAAAAUCUUGCACUUAUCUACAGGAAAGAAGUUUUCUGCUAUGUAUA